AUGACUCUCUUUUCCAGUUUUGCUUUGAAGGAUCGAAAGGCGCUCUGUUACUUCUCCAAACUGCAAAACACCAUACUGAUCCAGGUUUCUACUCUAGAACUGUUUUCUCUCUUUCUAUUGACGGCUGAGUUAUAUGCUUCUAGGGUUUCCGAGAUUCUUCCCUAAUUUGAGAAUCGUUUGAAGAAUUGAGUGACGCUCAGUUGGCGUAAGCUCCGGUAUUAUUGUAGAAACAGUGAGAUUUGAGCUGGGUCAAGAGAAUGAACUAUAAGAGGGAACAUGAAGAUGAUGCUAGAGUGAACGCGGAAGGGUUUGAAUCUGACCCAAAGAGGCAAAAACGGAAUGGGCAUUCAUCUCCUUCCUCUUCACCACCUCCACCUGCCUCUGAAGGCUCCCUUCUUCCUGGUUUUAAUUACGGCGAUGAGGAUGACGAGGACAACCAGAGAAGGCCACCUGUUGAUGGCUAUAGAGGGGAUGGUGGCGAUAAUCAAAGGGAUAUAAAAAGUGGGGUUGAAGUUGAAGAAGAAGAAGAAGAUGAUGAUGAUGAUGAUCUUGAACAAGGACUUUACAGGCGGAGCCGUGAAAUUGAGGUUAGGAGGGAUUGUCCUUAUCUUGACGCUGUUAAUCGCCAGGUUUUGGAUUUUGAUUUUGAGAAGUUUUGUUCUCUGUCUCUGUCAAAUUUGAAUGUGUAUGCAUGUUUAGUUUGUGGGAAGUAUUACCAAGGAAGAGGGAAGAAGUCCCAUGCAUAUACACAUAGCCUUGAAGCUGGACACCAUGUUUAUAUCAAUCUUCGAACGGAGAAAGUAUAUUGCCUUCCGGAUGGAUAUGAAAUCAGUGACCCGUCAUUGGAUGACAUUAGACAUGUCCUGAACCCAAGGUUUACUGAGGAACAAGUGGAGCAGAUUGACAAAAACAAGCAAUGGUCUAGGGCACUUGAUGGUUCUGAUUACCUUCCUGGAAUGGUGGGGCUCAAUAACAUUAAGGAGACUGAUUUUGUCAAUGUCACAAUUCAAUCUUUAAUGAGAGUCACUCCACUAAGAAACUUCUUCCUCAUCCCUAAGAAUUAUCAACAUUGCAAGUCUCCGCUUGUUCAUCGAUUUGGGGAGCUCACGAGAAAGAUAUGGCAUGCACGGAACUUCAAAGGACAGGUGAGCCCACAUGAGUUCCUGCAGGCAGUGAUGAAAGCCAGUAAGAAACGGUUUCGAAUAGGAGCGCAAUCUGACCCAGUUGAAUUCAUGUCAUGGCUGCUUAAUACACUGCAUGCAGAUCUUAGAACUUCGAAGAAAGAUAGCAGCAUCAUCUAUGAGUGCUUUCAGGGGGAACUGGAGGUUGUGAAGGAGAUUCCUAAGAAAGGUAUUGAGAAGAAAGAAAAUGGUGAUGACCAGAAUACAGAUGUUGUGACUGAAAAUAAUGGCAUUGUCAAGGAAAGGUACAAAAUGCCUUUCUUAAUGCUUGGAUUGGAUUUGCCCCCACCACCUCUUUUCAAAGAUGUUAUGGAAAAAAAUAUCAUUCCCCAGGUUCCACUGUUCAAUAUUUUGAAGAAAUUUGAUGGGGAGACUGUGACUGAAGUGGUCCGACCUCGCAUAGCAAGGAUGAGGUAUCGAGUCACCCGAUUACCGCAGUAUCUUAUUCUCCACAUGCAGCGAUUUACCAAGAACAACUUCUUUGUGGAAAAGAAUCCGACUUUAGUCAACUUUCCUGUGAAGAACCUUGAAUUGAAAGACUACAUCCCCUUGUCAACCCCCAAAGAGAAUGAGAGAUUGCGUUCAAAGUAUGAUUUGAUCGCCAACAUUGUUCAUGAUGGCAAACCUGGUGAAGGUUCAUACAGGGUAUUUGUGCAGAGAAAGUCAGAAGAAUUAUGGUAUGAGAUGCAGGAUCUUCAUGUUUCAGAGACACUUCCCCAGAUGGUUGCCCUUUCUGAGACUUAUAUGCAGAUAUACGAGCAGCAGCAGUAAGCUUGGGAUAGUUUCAAGUGCCAUGGUUGACGGCUUAGGUGGUUUUUAAGCCUAUUAUGGGAGUCGAGUGGUUUCAUACACGAGGAAAACAAGAGGGGAAACAUUUUGAGGUGGCAUUUGCCUGAGUUUGUGAGUUUUAUGGUUCCAUGUAUUCUGUAAGUUGUUAGUUUUGACCAAAUUUUGACAGUGAAGUAAUUGAUAUUAUAUGUUUACCCAAAGAAAAAACCAUCCGUGCUGUAGAGUAGGCAGAUGUAAAGUGCUGAAGGUAUGUAGCAAACUGUUUGAUAAUGAUCUCUGCUCUAAAUGUCCAACCUA